AUGAAGUUCUUCGCCAUCGCCAGCACUUUCGCCAUCGUCGCUGCUUUCGCCAGCGCUGCUGCAGUGGACUCCUCCUUCGAGCUCGUCGAGGCACGCGAGACUCCCACCUGCCUCAUCGACGGUGCCAUUAGCGGUGUGAGUUACGCUUCGCAGACCGCAUCCAGGUGCUAUGGCUGAUGGCGAGCUGCUGACUCUCUGCAAAUUCUCUCUCAUGCGCCUCUUCUACCGUAGGCCUGCAACCUCAAGUGCGAGCACCGCGGAGCCAAGUCGGGCAGCUGCUCUUCUGGAACUUGCGUCUGCUCUUACCGCAAGCGUAGCGAGGAUGAACACUCGGCCAUGAUGGCCAAGCGCGCCGAGGACCUGGCAAGCCGAGACUUGGUCCGUCGUCUCUCUUGCCAAGUCGGAAACAUUGGUCCUCUCAACUCAGGAGACGCCCUCUGCUCCGCCUCUUGCCUCGACGCUACGGGCGGAAAGAGUGAGUAGCUAGCGCAUGCGCUCCCUUCUUGUUCCUCAUUCGCACACUGACAACACACGCUUCUUGACCCUUCACAGAGGACGGACACUGCAACGAGGACUCUGUCUGCAUCUGCAACAAGUAA